UAAAAACUGAUAAAAAUUUUUCCAUAUUCUUCUCUAGUCAUCCGCUGAUGGAUGGUGGAAACCAUACAAGAAUAACAUCAGUGCUACUUUUGGGGUUCGAGAUGCUUCAUAGAUUCAAGAUACCAUUCUUCUUAUUGAUUAUUAUCCUGCACUGUCUCACAGUCACUGGAAACACCCUCAUUGUUGCUUUGGUAUCUUCAAGCCCCAGCCUUAACCGACCAAUGUUCUUCUUUCUCAGCCACCUCUCUGUAUCAGACUUUAUACUGACCACUAACAUCGUUCCUAAUAUGUUAUAUGGGAUUCUGCAAGGAGAGAUAACCAUGUCCUUCCCUGCUUGUAUCAUUCAGUUUCAGUUCUUUAGCACUGUCAUUGCUUCUGAAUGUCUUCUUCUUGCAGUGAUGUCCUAUGACAGAUAUAUGGCUAUUUGCAAGCCACUAAGAUAUACUGCUAUUAUGCACAAUAAGCUUUACCUACGGCUUGUUGUUUUCUCUUGGAUUUUAGGCUUUAUAACUACGCUUGCAGUGGUCAUAAUGUUAAGCAGCUUAGAAUUCUGUGGACCAAAUGUCAUUGAUCACUUUUUCUGUGAUUUUGCACCCGUUCUUCAACUUUCUUGUUCAGACACAUCUGCCUUGAGUUUGGGGCAAAUGUUGUUGUCUGCUCCUAUGACUUCACUUCCAUUCUUACUUAUUAUUGUAACAUACAUGUGUAUCUUCAUUGCUAUUCUGAGAAUUCCUUCUACCUCUGGGAGACAGAAAGCCUUCUCUACUUGCAGCUCUCACCUGGCUGUUGUGGGGGCCUUUUAUGGCUCGUUGAUUUCUCUUUAUGUUGUACCUUCCUCAGGGAACUCAGUUUUAACAAAAAAGGUCCUUUCUCUGCUCUACACUGUUUUCACCCCGUUGUUCAACCCCAUUAUCUACAGCCUGAGGAACAAAGAAAUCAAGCUGGCCUUUGAAAAAUGGCUAAACACAUUUUAAUGGAGUGAAUAUUUAA